UGUGUAAUUUGAAUUCCCAGUAAAACCUUUUCCAGUCCUUAUUUCUCUCAAGAAAAAUGUCUUCCUGCGGUGGAAACUGUGGCUCUGGCUGCAAGUGCGGGGACGGCUGCAAGUGCGGCAAGUCCCCUGACAUGAGCUACUCUGAGAAGGUGACCACUGAGACCAGUAUUGCUGGGGUUGCACCAGUGAAGAUUAACCAUGAGGGGUCUGAGAUGAGCACUGGAGCAGAGAACGGGUGCAAGUGUGGAUCAAGCUGCAGCUGCGACCCAUGCACCUGCAAAUGUGGUUCAAAUUGCAGCUGCGGUGAUGACUGCAAAUGCGGCAAGAAGAACCCAGAUCUCGGUCUCUCAGAGAACACCAGCACCAUGCCCAUCAUUUCUGGGGUUGCACCAGUGAAGAUGUAUUAUGAGGGGUCUGAGAUGAGCUUUGGAGCAGAGAACGGCUGCAAGUGUGGAUCAAGCUGCAGCUGCGACCCAUGCAACUGCGGCAAAUGAACCAACAGGUGAAGAAAGACCCAAUAAAGCAGCAGUGGUGGUCGUUGAUGUUUGUCUAUAAAAGAGAAGAAGAGAAAUGGUUCCAUGUCUGUUUGGGUACGUCGUCCCUGUAGUCGUAAAAUAAGACAGCUAGCCAUAGCUUCUGCAAAUUGAAGUACUCUGUUUUCUUUGGAUUGUGGAAAUGUUUCGUGGCUACUCUGGUGUGUCAGUUGUCAAGUGUAUUUAAAUUUUAUGUGCCACUGCAGCUUUGUUAUAUGCAUAUGUUUCAAGUUCAAAAAAAGUUUAUUUCUAUGUAAUGACUCUUUACUAAGUAAGUUUUUAUUCAAAUUA